GAUGCGAGAGAUAGUUUCAUCAGUGGGUUCCCCUACCCAAAACAUAGCCAAAUGGUUGGUAAAGGAGUUCCAAAGUAUGCCGAAACCAUUCCCCAGCAGGUCAGUCAUCAACACCCAGGAGUUCGCCCAGAAGCUGUUGGAAUCAGGACACAUCGAAGAAGAGGACAUAAUGGUAUCAUUCGACGUAGCGGCAUUGUUCCCUAGCGUUCCAGUGAAAGAUGCUCUGAAUCUUCUAGAGGAUUGGUUGCUAACACAAAGGACGGAAACAACAUGGCGAGGAAAGGUGAAGAUGUACCUAAAUCUGGCAAGGCUAUGCAUGAUGGAGAACUACUUCACAUUUCGUGGCAACUACUACAAACAGACGAAAGGAGCACCGAUGGGAAAUCCGCUAUCACCGUUUUUGUGCGAACUGUUCAUGGCGAAUCUGGAGAACAACCUACAAGAACAAGGAAUACUACCCCAGAAGUGGUGGAGAUACGUCGACGAAAUUUUCAGCAUCAUCAACCGAAAGGAUCUACCCAGGAUUUUGGAAGCGAUAAACAACGUGCAUAAGGACAUCAAAUUUACCUUCGAAGAGGAAAAAGAAGGAAGCCCACGAACACCAUGAGAGUCAUCCCAUAUACAUCGAACCAUUCGUACCAACAUAAAAUGGCAGCAUUUCAUCACAUGAUCCACAGGAUGCAGACGAUACCCCUGAGCGAAGAAGGAAAAACGAAGGAACUACAAUACAUCUUGGAAACAGCGAAGAUCAACGGAUACCAGGAGAGGACUAUACGAGCGAUCAUCAACAAGAAGGAAAGGACCCUACGACGAAAUGGACAUACAACGCUGACACCGAUAGAGGAGCCGCUGAAAAGAGUUUCGGUCCCAUAUGAUAAACACAUCACCAACCAGCUACGCCCUCGACUAAGGAAAUUCGGCAUCGAUCUAGUA